AUGGUCCUAGGUGCCGUAGGUCCUCAUGUACCAAUACAGCAACAGGAGCAGCAGCAGCAGCAGCAGCAGCAGCAGCAGCAGCAGCAAGCAAAUCGUGAGAAAGAAGAAUAUUACGAAGAAUUUUUGGAGGGAAGAAGGUGGAAGAAGGAUGGGAAAGAAGAACAAACUGAAGUAUGCGAACUUUUUAAUGAAACACCGAUUAGCGAAUUAGUUCGGACAGGCAGGCUGCAGUGGCUGGGACACCUGGAAAGGAUGGGAAAUGAGAGAAUAGUCAAAACGAUAGCUAACAAGAUGCCAGAUAAUAAGAAAAGAAAAGGAAGGCCAAGAAGAACAUGGAUGGAGGCGAUUAUGCAGGACUUGAAAGAUAAAAAUGUGGUUAACUGGAGAGAAAAGGCUAAGGAUAGAACGAGGUGGAAGAAAACCCUAAAGCUAUGGCCCUAA